UUCAUCACAUGUUGACAUGUGGCCACUUCCCAAUUCCCCAUUUUCCCACCAUUUCUACAAUCCUUAGCCUUAUCCUGUUCCUUCUCCUCACUAUAAAUACAAACUAUUACCAAGUUCCAACCAAACUAAACAUAAAAAUAUUACAUUCUGAGAAAGAAAAAUAAGAAUGGUUGCAGUUUCUUUAGAUUCAGGCUUAAGCAGCUUACAAAUCGGCAAAGAAUGUUCUUACCAACGCCUGCAUGGAGCUGUAACAGACGAACUUCCAGGUUUAAUCAGAGUUUACAAAGAUGGCCAUGUCGAAAGAUCACAGAUAGUUCCAUGUGUCACUACCAGAUUGGCUCCAGAGCUUGGAGUACUCUCAAGAGACACAAUCAUUGACAGAGUCUCUAACAUUUGGGCACGUUUUUAUGUUCCAACAACCUCGGAAGAUCGAAAACCUUUGAUUGUAUAUUUUCAUGGAGGUGGAUUUUGUGUCGGGUCGUCUGCUUGGAGUUGCUAUCAUGAGUUUCUGUCAAAAUUAGCUGCAAAAACAGACUGUUUGGUUAUGUCUGUUAAUUACCGUUUAGCGCCUGAAAAUCCUCUUCCUGCUGCUUAUGAAGAUGGGAUUACGGCUCUAAUGUGGUUAAAAAAACUGUCUGUAUCAAAUUGUGAUAGUGGUCAAAGUUGGUGGACUAAACAGUGCAAUUUCUCCAAUAUUUUUCUUGCUGGGGAUAGUGCUGGUGCCAAUAUAGUCUACAAUGUUAUUUCUAUGGUGGGUUCUGAUACUACUUUAAAUCUCAAAGGAAUGAUUAUGAUCCAACCCUUUUUCGGAGGAGAGGCGAGGACCGAUUCGGAGAAGAAUUUAGUACAAUCGCCUCGGUCAGCGCUUAGUUUGGCGGCAUCGGAUACGUAUUGGAGACUCGCAUUGCCACGCGGGGCUAAUCGCGACCAUCGAUGGUGUAAUCCGAUGGCGAAAUUGAAGGAUGGAGGUGAAAUUAUUGUACAAUUGCCAAUGAUGGUGUGUAUAUCAGAGAUGGAUAUAUUAAGAGACAGGAAUUUGGAAUUUGUUAAUUCAGAUUUGGUGUGUAAAGGUAAGAAGAAGAGAGUUGUGCAUAAAGGUGUAGGACAUGCCUUUCAGAUUUUAAGUAAGUCUCAAAUUGCACAAACUAGAACUAUUGAGAUGAUGUCUGAAAUUAAUGAUUUUAUUAGUGGGUGCUACAUUUCUACAUAAACUUUUAUGUAGUGUAGUGCUAUUGUAAAUUUGUAUUUAAUUACUAUAUGUUCUGAUAAAAAAAUAGCUAGAGGUAUGGGUUUGACAUGGAAGAUGAUUCCACAAUGUACAUGAUAGAAGAUCAAUUCUUCAUAUUUCAUAGCUUUAUACAGUUCUCUUUCAGGAAAAAUAGACAUUUAAUCAAGAA